CAGCCAGCAGGGAGCGCGGGCCUCCCGGGCAGGACGAGCUGGACUGUGGGUGCGCAGCCCCCCGCAGCAGCUUGCUAUUAGGACCUCCUUUUACAGCCGAGGCGGAGAGGUUAAGUGGUUUGCCUCAAGUCACAACCCAGGCAAUUGGGUUCUAAAGUCUGCGCUUUAAACCACCAUGCGAGCCUGGAAGCUUCCUGGCCCUCAUGGCCCGCGUGUUCGUGUACGGGACCCUGAAGAGAGGCCAGCCCAACCACCAGGUCCUGCUGGACCCCACCAACGGCUGCGCCGCCUUCCGCGGCCGAGGCCGCACGCUGGAGCCCUACCCCUUGGUGAUCGCCGGUGAACGUAACAUCCCGCGUCUGCUCAACCUCCCGGGGCAAGGGCGGCUUGUGCUCGGCGAGAUCUACGCCGUGGACGAGCGGAUGCUGAGCUUCCUCGACGAGUUUGAGGGCUGCCCGGACGUGUACCAGCGCACCCCGGUGCGGGUCGCGGUCCUCGAGUGGGAAGGCGCGCGCGGGGCGCCCGAGGAGACACCGGCCGCCGACGGGACCCUGCAGUGCUUCGUGUACAGCACGGUCACCUACGCACCCGAGUGGGUCCGCCUGCCGCACCACGACGACUACGACUUCCAGGGUGAGCACGGGCUUCGCUACAAUCCGCGGGAGAACAGAUGACAAGCGCGAGGACCAAUCCUCCGCUGGUCCGCCAGGGGCCGGGGGACAGAGCCCCGAUGAUGAGACGCCCUCAGCCCGUCUGCACUCAGUGCACCCGUGUAAUAAUGUCCUCUGAAACACUUAUAAAACUCAAUCUGUGGGAAAAGGAACAAUCUCUUUUUCAGCUGCAGCCGAUUUUCCCAAUAUUUUGACACACUGAUCACAAAAUUAUGCCUGAAGUCUGUCUAGCCGACAGCGCUUUGUUGCUUGCUGCUUCCAGAAUGCCACGGGCUUGAAUAGAUCAGAUAAGGAAAAUUCAGGAUCCUAAUUCCCCUAAAUGACAUUUCAAGAACUCAUAUGUCACUUUUUUUUUUUUUUUGCUUUGCUUUGAUCUGAAGAUAACAUUUAAAAUGUAGACUUCGUGUAGCAGCUAGAUUUUAGCAACCCUACUGUAUUGAUUCUAACUUGUGGCAGCAAGAAGAAUAAUUUUUUAAACUGAUUUGGGUUAUCUCAGUGUAAUAAAAGAACCUCAAGAAAAACA